UCCAGCUUUCCCUUUAUCAACGGCCCUUCCUCCCCUCGUUUUCUUUUCACUCCUUUGGCUCUUUAUUUUUUCUCUCUCUGAAUGGUUUUGUUGCAGACAUGGCCGUGGAGCUCAGGAUGAGUUACAGGAACAGCAACAGCUUCGCAGCCAAAAUGGAAGAAAACGUAGUCCAAGAAGCAGCUUCUGGGCUUGAAAGUGUUGAGAAACUCAUCAGAUUACUUUCCCAAUCUCAACAACAACAGCAACAGCAACAAAACACUAGCAGUAAACAAGAAAAAUAUCAAUCUUCUCCAAUCUCAACAAGAUCUUCCCUGGAUUUAGAAAUGGACUGCAAAGCUGCAGCAGAUGUUGCUGUUUCAAAGUUCAAGAAAGUUAUCUCACUUCUGGGUCGAACCAGGACUGGACAUGCUCGUUUCAGAAGAGCCCCUGUACCACCCCCUGCUGCUGCUGUUGCUACAAAUACUACUGUUAAUCAAAACCAAGCAAAUCAAGCGCAAGAAACGAAGGUUUAUUACGCAACGCCGAUCCAGCAGAUUCCACCACCUGUUACUACUUAUCAGCCUCAUCAUCAUGAUUUUUUCACGGUCAAAAGUGGGGGUUUAGAAAGGAAAGAUUCAUCAACAACCAUCAAUUUUUCAUAUUCUUCUACUGGGAAUUCUUUUAUGUCAUCCUUGACAGGGGAUACUGAUAGCAAGCAGCCAUCUUCAUCAUCUGCGUUUCAAAUUACUAAUCUCUCUCAGGUUUCCUCGGCUGGGAAGCCUCCUUUGUCUUCUUCUUCUUUGAAGAGGAAGUGUAGCUCUGAGAAUUUGGGUUCUGGAAAGUGUAGUGGUUCUUCUGGUCGUUGCCAUUGCUCUAAGAAAAGAAAGCUGAGAUCGAAAAGGGUUGUAAGGGUUCCAGCAAUAAGCCUGAAGAUGGCUGAUAUUCCACCGGAUGAUUACUCAUGGAGGAAAUACGGUCAAAAACCAAUAAAGGGAUCUCCACAUCCAAGGGGUUACUACAAGUGCAGUAGCGUAAGAGGAUGUCCAGCUCGCAAGCAUGUGGAAAGAGCUUUAGAUGAUCCAACGAUGCUAAUAGUUACCUAUGAAGGCGAGCAUAACCAUUCUCUAUCUGUUGCAGAAACCAGCAAUCUCAUCUUGGAAUCUUCUUAGAAGGAAGAACAUUUCAAUCCAACAUAAAUCCCGCAAAGUUCAAUUUCAUUUCAUUUCUCAACAUUUAACUAUGGGUUAGGAUAAACAGUUUGUAGCAAAAUUAGUGGUACUAGUAUCAAUCUCGAAGUAGACAUUUAGUGGGUUCGUUCAUUUCCCUGUAAAAUAUAUGCCCAAGCUCUCUUUAAUCCUUCCUUCUUUCUCUUUCUUGAACACUGUUAAUCAAAGACCCUUGUGAAGAAAAAGAAAGGGAAGAUGGUGGAUUUGGUAUUAGAUUUUACAAUUAUCAAAGAAUGAAAGUGGGUUUCAAUUCCAUUCCAAAUUUUCCAUGCCA